CAAAUUUGAUUGGUCGUCUGUUACGUGUCACGAUAUAAUUGGUCGUGUCUCGUGGCCACCUGCCCACCCUCUUUAUGUAAACUCGAACUGUUACAACCUCUAACCCACAUCGGGAUUUCUCGGAGCGGGUCAAAUAACGAGCCGCGUCCUGCUCUACUUCUCUGCGAGCUCCAUUUCCGCCAUCGACAGAUCGCGUCCAAAAGUUAUUGUCAUUGACUCGUGAGAAAAAAUGGGAGGAGGAUUCAGGGUGCUCCAUCUGGUGAGACCUUUCCUUUCGUUCCUGCCCGAGGUGCAGAGCGCAGACAGGAAGAUCCCUUUUAGGGAGAAGGUCAUCUACACUGUCAUCGCUCUCUUCAUCUUCUUGGUCUGCAGCCAGCUGCCGCUCUAUGGCAUCCACUCCACCACCGGCGCCGAUCCUUUCUACUGGAUGCGUGUGAUUCUCGCAUCCAACAGGGGUACGGUUAUGGAGCUCGGGAUUACCCCUAUUGUUACCUCUGGGCUGGUGAUGCAGCUCUUGGCUGGAUCCAAGAUCAUUGAGGUCGACAACAGCGUUCGUGAGGAUCGUGCUUUGCUGAAUGGCGCACAGAAGCUGUUGGGUAUCCUGAUUGCUGUUGGUGAGGCUGUUGCAUAUGUGCUAUCUGGGAUGUACGGAAGUGUUGGUCAGUUGGGUGUUGGGAAUGCGAUUCUCAUCAUUCUUCAGUUGUGCUUCGCUGGAAUCAUUGUUAUAUGUCUGGAUGAGCUGCUCCAGAAGGGAUAUGGUCUUGGCUCUGGGAUUUCUCUCUUCAUUGCCACCAACAUCUGUGAAAACAUCAUCUGGAAAGCAUUCAGCCCUACAACAAUCAACAGUGGUCGGGGUGCCGAGUUCGAGGGUGCUGUUAUUGCCUUGUUCCAUCUCUUAAUUACUAGGACGGACAAAGUUCGUGCUCUUCGAGAGGCUUUCUACCGACAGAAUCUUCCAAAUGUUACUAAUUUGCUUGCCACAGUCUUGAUCUUCCUCAUUGUUAUCUACUUCCAAGGUUUCCGUGUUGUGCUACCUGUGAGGUCAAAGAAUGCUCGUGGGCAGCAGGGUUCAUACCCAAUUAAGCUUUUCUACACCUCCAACAUGCCAAUCAUCCUCCAAUCUGCUCUUGUUUCCAACCUCUACUUCAUCUCUCAGCUGCUCUACAGGAAGUACAGCGGCAAUUUCUUUGUCAACUUGUUGGGAAAGUGGAAGGAGUCUGAAUACUCUGGUGGCCAGUUUAUCCCUGUUGGUGGCCUUGCAUACUACGUCACUGCGCCAGCUAGCUUGGCAGACAUGGCAGCCAACCCAUUCCAUGCAUUGUUUUACCUGGUAUUUAUGCUCGGUGCUUGCGCGCUCUUCUCAAAAACCUGGAUUGAGGUUUCUGGAUCUUCUGCCCGUGAUGUUGCCAAGCAAUUGAAGGUACGAUUUGGUGAGCAACAAAUGGUGAUGCCAGGACACCGUGACUCGAACCUGCAGAAGGAGCUGAACCGCUACAUCCCAACGGCAGCUGCUUUCGGUGGGAUUUGCAUUGGUGCAUUGACCGUGCUGGCCGAUUUCAUGGGAGCAAUCGGUUCGGGAACUGGAAUCCUGCUGGCAGUCACCAUCAUCUACCAGUACUUUGAGACCUUCGAGAAGGAGAAGGCCAGCGAGCUCGGCUUCUUUGGCUUCUGAGAACCCUGUUAGCGUUCCUGCUGUAGUAGUUGUUUUCCCCCAUGUAUCCUUCUGUUAAUUAAAAGUGUUAGGAAGAGAAGAACAUACGAAAAGUUGGAAAAAGUGACAGUUUUUGAGUGAGAAGCUAGUUCUUUUUUCAUUUGACUACUGUUUUAGCACAUUUAGCGAGGACUUGAGAACUCGGAAGUUUAGUACUUAAUGUUAAAGCUGGUUGAUAUGUGGGAUUGGGGACGUAUCAGUAAUUGCAGAGCAUGGUUCAUCCGACGGUGACCAAUGUCUAACGAAACGGACGAAUCGAUGUUCACCGAUGCUAUCUGUC